AUGAGCAGCGGCAGCGGUGGAUCGUCCGCCACGGGGGCCAAGGAGAAAGAGAAGGCUCGGGUGAGUCGAACGUCGCUGAUUCUGUGGCACUCGCACCAAAACGACCACGCGGCGGUGCAGAAGCUUCUCGAGGAGGAUCCAUCUCUCGUGAAGGCUAGGGAUUACGACAACCGCACGCCGCUGCACGUGGCUUCGCUCCACGGCUGGGUCAAGGUUGCUAGUUGCUUGAUCGAAUUCGGUGCUGACGUCAACGCUCAGGAUCGUUGGAAAAACACUGUACUCUUGUUGUUUCGUUCUGGAAAGCCUCUCGCUGAUGCAGAAGGAGCUAAAAGAUUGGCGAUGAUUGAGCUUUUGAAGUUACAUGGAGGCUUGUCUUAUGGCCAAAAUGGAAGUCAUUCUGAACAGAGACCUGUUCCUCCCCCAUUGCCUAACAAAUGUGACUGGGAAGUUGACCCCAAUGAACUGGACUUCUCAAAUUCAGUUUGCAUUGGAAAGGGAUCUUUUGGGGAGAUUUUAAAAGCCCAUUGGCGUGGAACACCUGUUGCCGUCAAACGUAUUCUUCCAUCUCUAUCAGACGAUAGAUUGGUGAUGUCUUCAGGUUGCCUCAGAUUGAUCAAUAUGUUAAAACAAAUACCUUACGAUCUGUUUUCUGUCAAGGCUUACUUGAGGCUACAGGACUUCAGGCACGAGGUUAAUUUACUUGUGAAGCUUCGGCACCCUAAUGUUGUUCAAUUUCUUGGAGCUGUUACAGACAGGAAGCCCCUUAUGUUAAUUACUGAGUAUCUAAGAGGAGGCGAUCUUCAUAAGUACCUCAAGGACAAAGGUGGUCUUAGUCCAUCAACAGCUAUCAGCUUUGGCUUGGAUAUUGCUAGGUACGCCUUAUAUCUUUAUGGGUGUGUCAAUGCCUCUCAACCUACUUUGCAAUUGUUUUGGACUGUGCUUAUGACAUUUUUUGGUGUUCUGGUUAUGGAUGCUUCAAGCUCAAGCUUGGUUGGGGGGUCUGAUGUUUGCUUUGACUUAGAAUAUGACCCCAAAGGGAUGGCCUAUCUUCACAACGAACCAAAUGUUAUCAUUCAUCGAGACCUAAAGCCAAGGAAUGUUCUUUUAGUCAAUUCUAGUGCCGACCAUUUAAAAGUUGGUGAUUUUGGACUUAGUAAGCUUAUUAAGGUCCAAAGUUCUCAUGAUGUAUACAAGAUGACGGGUGAAACUGGAAGUUACCGCUACAUGGCUCCUGAAGUUUUAAAACACCGGAGAUAUGAUAAGAAGGUUGAUGUAUUCUCCUUUGCAAUGAUUUUGUAUGAGAUGCUUGAAGGUGAACCACCUUUUUCAAAUUAUGAACCUUAUGAUGGAGCCAAAUAUGUGGCCGAAGGACACAGGCCUUCUUUUCGGGCAAAGAGUUAUACCGCUGAACUGCGAGAUUUAACAGAGCUGUGCUGGGCUUCUGAAAUAAAUUUAAGACCUUCUUUCUUAGAGAUCCUUAAAAGGCUUGAAAGGAUCAAGGAAAAUUUGCCUUCAGAUCAUCACUGGAGGAGCAGCUUGUUCGCUUCAUGA